CUUUGAUAGCAUCCAAAGGCAUUGUGGGGGGAAAGAAAAGAGCACACAACAACGUCAACAACUUCAAUAACAAUGACAGGAAGUUUAGGAACCCAAAAACAGCUAGCCGCUUUGCUCAAUAACUAUCGAGUGUCAGCACCGGAGACAGGCGCAGAGUGAGCAACAACGGAGAGAGCGACAGGUGCCGAACGAAUCACAGAGUAAUUCGACGGUGCAAAUGGAUGUUUCCCAUUGUUUGUUUUAGUCGUCAUCGAGAGUGAGAUAAAAGACAGAGAAGAAGAGUCUCUGGAGAGAGUUCUAGAAAGAAGGGAAGGAAUAAAACGAUGCAGAGGCGCAGAUUGAGACCUUUGUUUCUACUUCGGAAGAUGCUAACUUUCACCAUUUGUGCAAUUGGGCUUGUGGCUCUCCUCUCUUUCCACGUCCAUGUUUUCCCUUCAUCCACAGUUCCAAACUUAUUCCCUGAUCCCUACAAGCUUCCCACGCAACAUGAAUUCAAAUAUCAGAGAUUUGGCACCGAGCGAAGGUGGACGCGAGAACUUGCUCCGCCCCAUUUAUCCAAAGCGCCUCAAUCUUCUCUCCAGUUGGCUGGUGCUAGUGGGACAUUGGAGUUGUACAAGCUAUGGAAGCCUCCAUCAAAUCGUGAUUUUGUGCCCUGCAUAAAGCCUAGCGCUAAUUAUACGACUCCUGUUGAGUCUCGAGGUUACCUUCUAGUCCAUUCGAAUGGUGGGCUCAACCAGAUGCGUGCUGGGAUAUGCGACAUGGUAGCUGUAGCCCGCAUCAUAGAUGCCACUCUUGUAAUUCCAGAACUCGAUAAGCAGUCAUUUUGGCAGGACUCUAGCAACUUCUCAGAUGUUUUUGAUGAAGAUCAUUUUAUGAAUGCUCUGGCUAAUGAUGUGAAAGUUGUAAAAAAACUGCCUAAGGAACUGGCUACUGCUACUAAAGUAGUCAAGCAUUUUAGGAGUUGGUCUGGUCUGGAUUACUACCAGGAGGAGAUAGCUAGCUUGUAUGAAGAUUAUCAGGUUAUUCGUGCUGCCAAAUCAGAUUCUCGCUUAGCAAAUAAUAAUCUACCUCCAAACAUUCAGAAAUUGCGCUGCCGUGCUUGUUACGAAGCCCUUCGUUUCUCACCUAGAAUUGAAGCAAUGGGAAAAUUGUUGGUCGAUCGGAUGAGGGACUUUGGUCGUUACAUUGCUCUGCAUUUACGCUAUGAGAAGGACAUGCUUGCCUUUAGUGGUUGCACACAUGAUCUGUCUUCAGCUGAAGCUGAUGAACUAGAGAUGAUCAGGGAGAACACUGCACACUGGAAAAUAAAGGACAUUAAUUCUGGGGAACAGAGAUCCAAAGGUUACUGCCCCUUAACUCCUAAAGAAGUUGGAAUUUUUCUUACUGCUCUUGGAUACCCAUCAAACACUCCUAUAUACAUAGCUGCUGGAGAGAUAUAUGGAGGUGAUUCUCAUAUGGCUGAUCUGCGAUCCCGCUAUCCCAUAUUAAUGAGCAAGGAAAAAUUGGCUUCUGUGGAAGAGCUGGAGCCUUUUAUUGAUCAUGCCUCUCAACUUGCUGCACUUGACUACAUUGUUUCUGUUGAAAGUGAUGUAUUUAUUCCAUCGUACUCUGGAAACAUGGCAAGGGCAGUUGAAGGUCAUCGCCGUUUUCUUGGACAUAGGAAAACUAUAGCUCCUGACAGGAAAGCUCUUGUUCGUCUGUUUGACAAAAUUGAGCGGGGAACUCUGAAAGAAGGCAGAAAUUUAUCAAAUCGAAUUAUUGAAAUACAUCGGAGACGGCAAGGGUCUCCAAGGAAGAGAAAAGGCCCCAUUUCAGGAACAAGGGGCAUGGAUAGGUUUCGCUCAGAAGAAGCCUUCUACGUAAACCCUUUACCAGAUUGUUUAUGUCAGAGGGAAUCACCAAAUAUAACACCUCGUUCAUAACUUGGUAGAUCAGAUGAUGCUGAGCAAUUGCUCUUGAAAACGAUUCCUGUGCCGGUGGGUUGGUGCCGCAUUGCAUUCCAUUCAAGUUGUUGAAGCAAUACAAGCUGGUGUUCUACUGCCAUGGGAUGUAGUGUGUAUAUAUAUUCUGACCCUGAAGAAGGCCAGGGCCGAUAUAGGAAAGUUUAGAUGGAAAAAAGACAACUGCAUUAGGGUGCACGGCAGAAUUGGGAUCACCAAAGACGUGCCUCCAAUGUACAUUGUUUUCCCUUGGAGGAGUUAGCCUGGUUUGAAAGAGCUGCAUAGGGAGUUUAUCAGGGAUACAAUAUUGUGAAUAGUUGACAACUUCCAUAUAUGUUGUAUUUCACUCAUGGUCAUCAAAUGCAAUAAAAGUUAAAAAGAAUUACAUUUUUUGUUUCA